AAAAACCAAUUUCUCCAUGUAGUUGCAACAUCGUAUCAAAAAGACCGUGUCCUCACUGCAGUAAGCAUUGAGUGGAUAGUGUUCAAUUAUUUUUGGACUUAGUGUUUUUUCUUUACUUGGGAGAAAUAUCUUUGGAAUAUACAUGCAGUCUUCGAGCUCAACAGAGAAAUGCGCUGCUCGUCUGGAAAAACGCUGAGGGGAGGGAGGAGGGAGACACUGUAACCUACCUACCUUACGGUCUCUGGAUUCACUGAUGACCAGGAGUAUUUGCAGGACUGCUAGAUGUUGAGCUCUCUGUUUUCUGUAUGAGGGACACAACCACACAGAUGGAGUCGAGGGUUCCCCACCACAUCCCUGGAGUGUCUUCCUCUAUUAUAUCCCAGCCGUUGCGUAUGGUUCCGUAUGGAAGGCUACAGCACCCGCUCACCAUCUUCCCAAUCGACCAGAUGAAGUCCUCUCAUGUGGAAAAUGACUAUAUUGACAGUCCCGCUGUGGUCUCCCAGCAACCCCUCAACCAGAAGGCUGUCAACAGGGGGCCCCACGAGGCACUGCUAGGGGCCCCCCACCUCCCCCAACUGGCGCGCUGCAACCCUCACAACGCCACCACACACCCCUGGAUAACCUUCAGCGGGCGGCCCAGCUCCAUCAGCAGCAGCAGCAGCACCUCGUCAGAGCAGAGGCUGCUGGACCACGCAGCCCCCACCCCCGUGGUGGACCACAACUCCACUGUAGUCACCACCAGGACCCCCUGCUGCGGGCCCAAGGCGCUCACCUCAAAGCCCCUGGAUCUAAAAACUGCUGCCCUGGGGGCUGCAACGGUUGACAAGAAGCACAUGCUGCUGUGUGAGAUUUGUGGGAAGUGCCGCUGCACGGAGUGCACCCUGCCCCGGACCCUGCCCUCGUGCUGGGUGUGUAACCAGGAGUGCCUGUGCUCAGUGCAGAGCCUGGUGGACUCAGCCACCUGCAUGUGCCUGGUCAAGGCCAUUUUCUACCACUGCACAGAGGACGAGGAUGAUGAGGGAUCUUGCGCCGACCGCCCGUGCUCCUGCCACCAGUCUAACUGCUGUGCGCGCUGGUCCUUCAUGGCAGCCAUGUCCCUGGUGCUGCCCUGUCUGGUGUGCUACCUGCCCACCAUGGGCUGUGUCAAACUGUCACAGAAGUGCUAUGACAAAACCAGCCGUCCGGGCUGCCGCUGCAAGAACUUCCAGCAGGCCUGUAAGAGCAUGGAGGCCAAGGCUGCAGGCCAGGAGAAACAGGCCUCAUGAUAGUCAUUGGCUGUUGCCUUAUCAAUACCCCCUGGAUAGGACAAUCCCACCAACCCCUACCCACUGGAUGACUUCCAGAAAACCAUGGUACUUACAAAAGGGUUUACACUUGUCCUUCUUGGUUCGAGUGAUGUUAUUCCACACAAGUCAGAAUAGGUCUGUCUGCUCAAUUGGUUGUCCUGGACAACUGCUUGCCUCAGAACCCAUCUUUAUAAGUAUAACAGACUGGCAGAUUUUGUUUCUAAAAUGGCUGAAGGCACAAUUCAUUAUCCCUCUAAACUGCUCUGAAUUUCCAGCUUCAUCAUAGCUAGCUACUCUAUGACACAUUGGACCCCAGUUGUUGUUCUCUAAAAAAAAAACACACAAAAAAGAAGCCUGCUCCAAAGCAGUUUCCCUCUGUUUAUGCAAACUGUUGAUUUCCUUUUGGGUAGUAAAGCAUACUUCAACUGAAACAGCCACCCACUCUCCCCCAUAUAUGAAACGUUUCAGUCCCAUACAAGCCUUCCUGUUGCUAGCUUGAUGUUGAGCUCAUUAUGUCAAGGUGGAAAAGUGAAAGGUAAAGUUGUGUGUCUUUGCCCGUCUGAUAUGUAAGGUCAUACCACAACCGAGAGAAAAAUAGUGUUUAGGAUUGCCUGACUUGAUCACUUUCCAUUUCUUUGAGGGGAUUUUUUAAACCUAGCUUUUACCAAUCACUUCAGAAUAAUUGCACGUCAUGCCCUGCAUGAUGUGACGUAGUGGUUAACCCCAGUGCUCGACGUGGAUGUGUUGUAGAAAAACCUCCUCAGGGAUCGUUCCUCAUCAGUAGAAUUUGGUCUAGCACGUAAAAACUGCCAUUAGCCUAGUUGACUUCACUUUGCACAAUAGGCAAAGAACAGUUUCAAAAGGGCAAAAGGGCAAUUGUGAAUUAUUUAGGAAGAGUAAGUUAAGAGAGGAAAUGGAGGGAAAAUACAGUCUUAGAAAAAAAGGUGCUAUCCAGAACCUAAAAGGUUUUUUUGGCUGUCCCCAAAGGAGAAACCUUUGAAGAACCCUUUUUGGUUCAAGGUAGAAACAUUUUGGGUUCCAUGUAGGACCCUUUCCACAGUGGGUUCUACAUGGAACCAAAGGGUUUUACGUGGAACCAAAAGGGUUCUCCCUGGGACCAAAAAUAGUUAUCUUAUGGGGAUAGCUGAAAAAACGCUUUGAAAAUUUUCUGGGGUGUAGCGAUUUCAGAAAGAGGUCAAGUGAAGCUGUAGCAUAUCUAGCCAGCCUUAGUUAAAUCAAACCUGCCACUUGAACAACCUUUUUAGAUGACGCAAACCCCUUAUGAUGUACUGAAGCACAGUAUUAAGUAUCAAUGCUUAAUGUAUUUUACAUUACUCUGUGAACUACUUUGAGUCCACAUCGCAUCAAAUCAAAUUUAAUUGGUCGCAUACACAUAUCUAGCAGAUGUUAUUGCGGGUUUAGCAAAAUGCUUGUGUUCCUAGCUCCAACAGUGCAGCAAUAUUUAACAAUACACACAAAUCUAAAAGUAAAAUAAUGGAAUUAAGAAAUUCUCAUAAUUUUUUGCUGCAGUGUUUGAGUUUUUCGUCUGUUAGAAAUAUUAUUUAUCUUUAUUUUCUCAAUCUAUUUUUGCGGCUUGCAUGGAGUACCAAUGACUUUGCCAAAGGAGUUUAGUAUAGCUUGUUUAGCUGUCUUAGGGGUCAUAUUUGUUAUACACUCGCCAAAUUGUCAGAGGGCAAUUGCUCUUAAAGGUGCUGUGUCCUUUUUGUAUGCUUCAGUUUGGCAUAAAGGGAUACCAUCGUUGCAUAAAUCUACACAUUUCUGUCACGUCGGUUCUAAGGUCCCCCACUAACAUUAGGGCCCGCCUCUUUUACAUUUUUGUACUUGUCUUGUUGCACAAAGCAGAAAACAUACAGGAAAAAACACUGUUCUUAGUCUUGAAUGUAUAAGGCAAUAUUAUUUUAAAAUGUUUGCAAUUCAAUCCAAGGGAAGGUGCCAAAAUGGGGAAUUAUGUUCUGACUGACAAAGCCAGGGAAUAUUUGUUGAUGUGGUGACAAUAUGUUAUAGAAAUAGACCUAUGUUAUAGAAAUAGACCUAUGUUAUAGAAAUAGACCUAUUUUAUAGAAAUAGACCUAUGCAGAUGAUAUGUUGUUGUAAAUAGUUUUAAAUGUCCUUGAAAAACUGCAUGGUACAUUAUAACUACAAUACAAAACAUAGAUAGAUAUAUAGAUAUAUAUUUUGAGGGUAAAGAUUUGAGGUUGAGGGGAAGAGGGAGGGGGGAAGACAGGUCUUACUAUCAUAAGCACUUGAUUUAGAAAAGUGUGCCCCGCAGUAAAAAAUACCUAUGUUUAUGCUAUUCAUGCCUCUUUAGCGGAUAGAGGCGAAGCUAAUUCCCAGUUCUUCAGUGCCCCUGCAACUGUGGAAUCAUUGAAUCCACUGAAGGAAUACAAUUUUGGCCUAUCCGGAUCAACUCAUUUCCCCCUGUUUGUACUUACACAGUGUCGCAACUUUUUUUCCCUCCCAAUCUGGCCGACAAAUACCCUGGCCUUGAUUGACAAAUACCCUAACCUUGAUUGACAAAUACCCUGGCCUUGAUUGACAAAUACCCUGGCCUUAAUUAACAAAUACCCUGGCCUUAAUUGACAAAUACCCUGGCCUUAAUUAACAAAUACCCUGGUCUUGAUUGACAAAUAGCCUGGCCUUGAUUAAAAAAUACCCUGGCCCUGAUUGACAAAUACCCUGGCCUUGAUUGACAAAUACCCUGGCCUUGAUUG